AUGCACAUAGAUAUAGCCGAGACAAGUGAAAGGGUUGGAAAAUUUGGUAAAAAGGUAACCCUGCACAAGCUCCCUAAACAUCAAAGUACUCGACAGGCCUGGAUUCGUGCCAUCAGCCGAAAGAACUGGAAACCGACGAGUUAUACUCGAGUGUGUUCAGACCACUUUAAGAACGGUGUUGGACCGGACUCUGUUAAUAGAAAUAAAAUUCCACGUGUAAACUUGCCUCAGAAAAAGCACUGUGAGCGAUCAGAAAGGAAGGAACCACGCUUGAGACCAUCCACUGUACCAGUUGACACCGUCAAGAGUGAUAUUAUAGAUCAUCAUACGUACUGUAAACAAGAGAAAAACCCCACAUUACCUGCAGCCAGCUCUAACACCAACUGUAAGGACCAGGAUUCACAAACCUAUCAACAACCCCUGAGUAGUGCUGAAACAUCUGUCUGUCUACCAGAGAUCACUAUUGAGAACAUUCAACACUCCACAGAUCUUAUGAUGUUCUACACAGGCCUUCCAGACUUUCAAACAUAUGAUGCCCUAUUUAGUUCAUUAAUUGACCAAGGUGCAGAUAAGUUGUCAACCGAGACAGCAUGA